AUGAGCACAGCUGGGGCGAACAUCGAGACCUGUGGAGGUACUUUUGUGCAGAUGCAGAAUGUGGGCGAUGCAGAGGCCGACGAGGUGCAAAGCUUCUCCGUCAGUGCUUUCGGGGCCUGCAUCUCUCCCGCAGUGUUGACGGAGGACGCAGAUGACACUCACCUGGGCUGUACCAUGUUCGUCAAGGCAAUCCUCCCAGCAGAUCGCGUGCAGACGUUGAUGAAGCUGCUGCAGACAGAGAGCCCGGCCCAAGUCUACACCGCCAGCCUGAGCUCCGCAGAUCAGAAAUCGACACCGCUAGAACAUUGCCUGUCGGAGCUCGGCAGCUCGCAACACAACGGUACAUUGCAUUUGUUUGGUGUCGAUAGGUCAGGGCAACUGGCCAGAAUUACGGAAACUCUGACUCAAUUUGGGGUCAGUGUGUCCAAUCUGCAUGUCCAGAGUGGCAGUGCUGACAGUGGGAAGUGCGAUUUCGUCCCGUGCCCCACAGGUGGCCCGUUGGCUGAGAAUCGCAUUCGGAUUCGGAUUGACACAAACGCCGUGGACAUCAGUAGGCUCCGGAAAGAAAUUCAGCGCGUGGGGGAAGAGUUGGGUUAUGCAGUGACCUGCUUGACGCUGGAUGCACAUGCUCAGUUUCGUACCUUCACACCGAGUUACUUGCUUCGCCGUCGCGCCUUCGUGGCAACCUACCUCAUGGAGACCAGAGCGAAGGCUAAACGCCUUCUUCGCCGUCGGAUCCCUUAUGGGAGGAACAAGCAUACAGCGUCUACAUGGUUGGCAGGACUAUGA